AUGUCAAACCUGGGCGAAGACAAUAAGCCCAAGGUCUCUGUUGAAGAUGAAGUGAACGCGAUACGUGGCUAUAAAGCGAUUUUAAACUACGCAAAGGUCACAAAUGAAGCCAAGCAUAAUGCAAUAGACAUCAUUAGCAACGAAAUUGGCUGGGAUCCGCCUCCCCAUCAUUUUUCUGGUGCCUUUGGCGAACACAGCAGGGACUCUAACGGCCUAGCCGAUAGUUCCACAAGAGCUCAACAAAAUGCCUACAAUAAUGACCAAGACAUAGAGGAACCUGUGGAGCAGCACAAGCAUUAUCCUGGCCAGUAG